UUCACACUGCUCAGAAGGCAUUCCCUUUUGGGUAAAAGUGGGUGUUUCUGGAGCUCAUUGUUUGGUUCUGCUACAAAGACAGCUGAGCGGGAGCGAGAGAGAGAGAGAGCGCCACAGAGAGAGAGAGAGAAUAGAAGAGGAGCCUGAAAGAAAAGGGGGGACCUGGGACUACAUGGAAGAACUGACACCCACUGGAAUAGACAUUUUAAAAGCAUCUGCCAACCAUUUUAAGAUAGCGGUUAGAAUUUUCCGCUUGCCGCUUAUUGUUGGAAUAAAAGCCACAGGCUGCCGAGCCAAAGCAUUGACGACUGGUUGGUUUGUGCUACAUUCUGUUGCUAAGCAAGUCUCUCUAACCUGAAGUUCUUGUUGAGGAUCACUCACCCAAACUGCAACCAUGAAGGGGGACUCGGAGGAAAGCAUCGAGAGCAUCCGGCCUUCCAACCUGCAAGCCUUCGCCAACAUGUCCACUCUACAUGGCAUGAGCCACAUCUUUGCCUACGGGCACAUGACGUUUCGCCGCUUCCUGUGGACGCUCUCCUUCCUGGGUUCGCUGGCCUUGCUUAUGCUGGUGUGCAUGGACCGCGUCUCCUACUACUUUGAGUAUCCCCACGUCACCAAACUGGAUGAGGUGGCAGCACCCAACCUCACCUUCCCUGCUGUGACCUUCUGCAACCUCAACGAGUUCCGCUUCUCCAAGAUCACCAGGAACGACCUGUAUCACGUGGGGGAGCUCCUGGCCCUCCUGAACUCCAACUACCAGAUAGCCAACACUCACCUGGCUGAGCCUGAGGUGCUGGCUGCCCUCAAGGAUAAGGCCAACUUCCUCAACUUCAAGCCCAAGCAGUUCAACAUGACAGACUUCUACAACCGCACGGGCCACGAUAUCAGUGACAUGCUGCUGCAGUGCACGUUCCGGGGAUCGGAGUGUUACCCGUGGAACUUCAGUACCAUUUACACGCGGUAUGGGAAAUGCUACACCUUCAACUCUGGCUUGGACGGCAACCCGUUGUUGACGACGUUAAAAGGCGGGACAGGAAACGGGCUGGAGAUCAUGCUAGACAUUCAACAGGACGAAUAUUUACCUGUUUGGGGAGAGACAGACGAGACCUCGUACGAAGCAGGCAUCAAGGUUCAGAUCCACAGCCAGGACGAGCCUCCUUUCAUUGACCAGCUGGGAUUUGGUGUGGCCCCUGGUUUUCAAACUUUUGUGUCAUGUCAGCAGCAACUGCUUCAGUACCUCCCUCCCCCUUGGGGAGACUGCAAGUCCACUCCCAUCGACUCUGAGUUCUUCUCCACAUACAGCAUCACAGCCUGCCGUAUCGACUGUGAGACACGCUAUCUGGUGGAGAACUGUAACUGCAGGAUGGUCCACAUGCCGGGGACCUCAAUGGUAUGCACACCCGAGCAGUACAAAGACUGUGCAGACCCAGCUUUAGACUUCUUGGUAGAAAAGGACAAUGACUACUGUGUGUGUGAGACACCAUGCAACAUGAUACGCUAUGGCAAGGAGCUGUCCAUGGUGAAAAUACCCAGUAAAGCCUCUGCCAAAUAUCUGGCCAAGAAAUUCAACAAAACUGAGCAAUACAUCGGAGAAAACGUACUAGUCCUGGACAUCUUCUUUGAGGCAUUGAAUUAUGAGAAGAUUGAGCAGAAGAAAGCGUAUGAAAUUGCAGGGUUGCUUGGUGACAUCGGAGGUCAGAUGGGUCUGUUCAUUGGAGCCAGUGUUUUAACGAUACUGGAAAUUUUCGACUACUUAUAUGAGGUAUUUAAGGAUAAGGUUUUGAGUUACUUCAUGCGCAAGAAGCGACCACAGCGUUGUCCGAGCGACAAUCUGAGCACCUGUGACACCCUCCGGAGUCACUCGGACAGUCUCGGAUUCACACCGAACAUGUUACCUCGUCACCCGACUCUAGGCAACUUUGAGGAGUUUGCUUGUUGACAACAUAAAACAGGGUGGGACCUGGGAUCUUCGGGGUUUGACAGCAAACUGUGAAAUAACUUAUAUAUUAUUACAAACAUGGUCAGUGAUAAAUACUCAAAGAGUAGUAGGAUCUGUGAAUUGCCUGAAUAGAAAUAGAAUACUAUCAUAAGAAUAAACCACUUUUAAAACAGAACUCAGGUGAUAGGGCCAUAUCAAGGCAUCGACUCUACACUAUGUAUUGGAUGUUUCAUUCAUGUUGCAUUCUCUUUAAACAGGGUGACAUUAGAGUGUGUUUGAAUCGGGUUUAAUCAGCCUAUUAAAGUGUCAGCUUAGUAAUGUAAAUGGAAAGACCUUCAGAGCGGUCUCAUUUUAUCUAAAUUUAUACACCUUUGUAAUCACAGUCCGUUCUGGUGUGCUGAAUAUCGAACCGAGAGGGUAGCGAUGGUUAGCACGUGUAGCAUCAGCAUAUCCAGAUCCAUUCGUAAAUAGAACAAGAGAGGAGGUUGAAAGAUAUCUUUCUGGUACCACUCUUUCAUUUAGUAUACCUCAUUGUGAGUAAGAAAAAUCUGAUUUCAGUGAUGCCUACUCAACUAUGAUCACAAUGCUCCAAGGAGCUGACUUGAAUCCCAGUAGUAGACUGCUGUUGUAAUUGUUGCCUUGUUGUACUCAAGUUAUUCUGCUCUGAGAUUCUUGAUCAUCUCAUUGAUUUGAAGUAUAAUACCAAGUGAUGAAAGCCUCUUGUGUAAGGUUCCAAGAAGAUACGCUUUUGCAAGAUCACUGAAUGCCAUUCUUGUUUACAAGUUACAUAUUGAAGAGGGGAAAACAAGUGUAUAUGUUUGCACAAAUGAACAAUCACAAACUUUUCCAUAGAUUUUUGGAAAAUAGGAACAUUGUCCAUGGUUAUGUAUAGUGCCCCGCUCAAUGUUUUCUAUCUGUUUACUGCUGAAAAACAAUUAACAUCAAUGACUAAAUGUUAUUCUGUCGUGGUUUCUCUUCUUUUUUGGGGGGUGGGGGGGGGUAGAGUUAGCUGGACUGUCACUGGAAAAGAGCACCAAUCACAGGAGUCUGCUAUAACUUAGCCUCCCUCUUUUUCACCACUUUCAUUAGAAUAGAUAAACAAGCAAGACGAUGCACCCAUCCUUAAAGUUAACAUAUGUGGGUGUUGAAAUGGUUUUGUUCCAUGGUCAUGGCUUUUAACUGCUACAAAAACACUCAUUAGCACAAGUCCCCUGUGACAGUAAUAGAUUCUCUAUUGGAAACUAGUGAAAAAUCAAACAUUUUCUAAAUAUUGAUUGAAAUGUGUAAAUACUAGAUCAAAAAUAAGAAAUUAAAUCUUGCUCGUAUGUUGAUAUAUUUAAAUGCAAAAAAAAACAAAAUAUAGAAAUAUCCAUUAUUGCUGUUGCACCUGAAGGGAAUUAGAGGACAUUGCAUUUGAAUGGGAGCAGCUCACUUGCCAUACGAACACACAAUGGCCUACCCCAAGGAUUGCCUAUUAAUCUGUGUUGAUACCCAAGUUGACCUCAAGUGUCUUCAAACUUCCAUUUAAUUUCAGGACCGGACACCGAGACAGUUUAUUACAGUGCUUCAAAAACAUUAUAUUCAGUUAAGUUGGUUUGUAACACUGAAACGCAUUGUAUAACUGCAUUAUUAUAUACUAUUGUUAUUGAAAUUUCAGUACAUGUAAUAAGACUCAAAUAACAGUCAGUUUGUGAUGUGUAAAUGAUCAAAUAUAAUAAACUGUAUAUUUAACCACCUUCCUAUG